AGCACCUUGGAUAGGGACUUGUUUCUUUAGUGUAGCAUUUUUCCUUGAACUUUCUUUACCAGCUUUCUGAAGGGAUUGUGGUUGGGUUUUUAAGAGAUCAUGUGUGAUUCUCAUGAUCUUUUAAAAGUUCUCUCAAUGUGAGGAGCAAUGGGGAUCUUGACUCUGAAGCCCCCGCAUGCUGUGGAUCCAGUUUCUUCUACAUCUCUUUGCACCCCAAAGCUGACAGUUGUGGAUUAGAGGAGGAAGCAAGUGGGUGCCCAGCACUGGGGUGGAUUGUUGUUAACACGUCUUCUUUUUUUGUGUUAAUGUACAAGUAGAAAUUGGUACACUUGCACUUCCCUGGAGGGCCGAAGAGACAGACGGAUGAUUAUUUUUAUGAAGGACUUUGUCGUAGAAAUGGGUCAGGACCAAACCAAACAGCAGAUUGAGAAGGGAUUGAGGCUGUACCAGUCUAAUGAUACAGAAAAGUCAUUAUAUGUCUGGAUGAAAGUGUUAAGGAAGACAUCUGAUCCUGGGGGGAAGUUUCGAGUCUUAGGGUGUCUGAUCACAGCACAUUCAGAAAUGGGGAAAUAUAAAGAGAUGCUACAGUACUCGCUAGCUCAGAUAAGCACAGCCAGAGAGAUGGAAGACCCGGAUUAUUUGACAGAGGGCUACCUAAACUUGGCACGCAGCAAUGAGAAGCUUUGUGAAUUCCAGAAAACUGUCUCAUAUUGCGAGACCUGCUUAAAUAUGCAGGGCACUACUGUUAGCCUACAGCUCAAUGGGCAAGUGUGUCUGAGCAUGGGCAAUGCCUAUCUGGGCCUUAGCGUCUUCCAAAAGGCUUUGGUCAGCUACGAGAAGGCCCUGCGAUAUGCUCACAACAAUGACGACAAGAUGCUGGAGUGCAGGGUUUGUUGCAGUUUGGGCAACUUCUACAUCCAUCUUAAGGAUUAUGAGAAAGCACUCUUCUUUCCUUGCAAAGCAGCUGAACUUGUAAACGACUAUGGUAAGGGGUGGAGUCUAAAGUACCGUGCUAUGAGCCAGUACCACAUGUCGGUGGCCUACAGGAAGCUAAUGCGCUUGCCAGAUGCAAUGGAAUGCUGUGAGGAAUCAAUGAAGAUUGCAUUGCAGCAUGGAGAUAGGCCUCUUCAGGCAUUGUGUCUGCUUAACUUUGCUGACAUCCAUCGCUGUCAAAAAGAUGUUGAUAAAGCAUUCCCUCGGUAUGAGUCCUCCAUGUGUAUAAUGUCAGAAAUUGGUAAUCGACUUGGACAAGCUUAUAUCUAUGUAGGAAUGGGGAAGUGCUGGGUUCUGCAGAAGGAAUACGAUAAGGCUCUGGACUCAUUGCAACGAGCACAUGAUCUGGCUGAGGCAAUUGGAAAUAAGCUGUGUAAUCUGAAGGUGCACAGCCUGUGUGAAAGCAUCUACCGCUGUAAGGAGCAGCAGGACGAGUUGAGAGAGCAGGUGGUGAAAUUCCUGCAGUGUGUGGAAGAGCUGGAGCUCUACUGUGGCAUGUGUGGGGAGUCUAUCGGAGAGAAGAACCAGCAGCUGCAGGCCUUGCCUUGUUCUCACAUUUUUCACCUCAAGUGUCUACAGACAAAUGGCACAAAGGGCUGCCCAAAAUGUCAUUGCUCAUCAGUGAAACUGGGUUUUGUAUGAGGUUAACAGACUUGGACAUACUGGUUGAAUCCCAUCACAGUGACUCAUCUGGGGGCAAAAGAUCCAGAACCUUCUUCCAGGAAGCUUUCGAAGUGGACAUAGGGAGUGUUUCCAUCAUGUCGUUAUGGCAACUGGAUAUAAUGUGGAAAUGACAAGAUAUGGACUAAUAGUCCAACACAGAGAAGUCACUAAGAGAAAUCGAUCACCUCUUGCUGUGAAUACUGAAUUGACCUCACAAUGCUCACACAUCGCUGCAUCAGUGUAGGACAGAAACGUCAAAACAGCUUCUCGCUGGACAGUACAGUAUUGCUGUGGAUAUUUGCCAAAGAGGUGAGAGCUUUACAUAGCAUGUGGUUGUCUCCUUGGACAUUUGCCUCAAUGCAGAACUUCAACAAACAUGUCUUGUGUUAAUAUUGUGUAUUUAUAAUUUUCCAAGCAAUUACUUCAGCAACAAACCCAAUGUGAUUUCUUCAGAUUGUGUAUAUCGUUUGUUAAUGCCAUGUUUUAUGUAAUUUUAAAAGGAGAACAGUUUUUGUCAAUAUCAGACAUGUUAGUUCUAUAUAAUUUUGUUUGAAGUUUUUUUUGUGUGUGUUUUGUAGAAAGCUCAGACGUCUCUAACUGCCCUCCUGUUUUGUCAGUUAGUGAAUAGUCAUUUUCUGAAUGGGGCAUGUGUUCAACUUAUUAACUUGACCAAUUAUACAUUUUGUUAACUAUUUAUAUGACAAUUAUUUAUUAUAUUAUUUCUUUUAUCUACAAUCUUAUACUGUACUCUUAUAGUAUUACAAUGUUUCUGAUAAUAGUAAUUUUGAAUAAUUUAGAAGAAAAUUUAAAUACUGUUCUUUAUACUUUAUAUCAAAAUCAACAGAAUGUGAAAUGUAGUUUAUUUUUCAAAAAUGCAAUUAUGGGAUGUGCAGUUAUAGUUGGCAGAAAUAUAGUUUGCAGAGAUCACAUUUAAAAUGUAUCUCCCUUGUUUUCUAAAACCUUAGACUUUUCAGUUAACAACUGAGACAUGAUUCACAUACUGUAAGAGGAUGCGAUCUAUAAUUAACUGACAAAUGGUUUUAUACCUGUUCCCAAGAUGGAAAGUACUGAGGUAAAUUACAGUGGCCCAGAUUUACUUUGUGGGUAAAUUCUUUCAGUUUUUAUUCAAAAAUAAAUGUAAGCAAAUCCUUGUACAGUAUGUCUGAUAAAUUAUUUUACUAUGAUAACAAUACAACAAUGUUCAGCUAUUUCCUUUAUCCCACACAUAACGAGAUAUAUGAUGGAUAAUAUUUAAUUUAUAAUCAAUUAUACUAUUUUAUAACUUUGUACAUGUUGGAUGUUCAUAGUCUUUUGUUAUUGACUAAUGAACAACUCACUAACUUUUUAAUAACUGCUAAAAUUAUUUCUGGUGCAUGUUUCUUUUGACUCAUACUUCUAACAGUGGAUUAUAUUUCUGUGCCACUGUAACUAUUCCAUUAGAAAGAAAGAAAAAAAAAAGCCAUAUAAUUUAUAAAAUUAAACUGUUAUAUGCAGUUUAACAUUUUAAAUAUUUUAGUGGUUGUGAUCAGAUGGAUAGACAUAAAUACAUAUGGAAAUUUAUAAAUGUUGACUUUUACAUGGGAGCAAAAUGAAAAUAUGCUGCUUAUUUGUUUCUCUUAGUAAUAACCUUCAUCCACUUACUAUUUUUAUGUAUUAUAUAAAUUGUAGUUUGAAACUUUUUCCUUAAAUACUAAGCUAAUCACCUUCUUUACUAACAAUCUGCCUGCUGUGUAUUACAGCUGUCUCACAUCCUGGUGAAUCACAGAUCAUGACUACCUCUCCACAUUUUAUCCUCA